GAUUUAAUUAAACAGAACAUUUCGAAUGGAUUCUUCAUCAGUCGAAGACAGUCCUCGUUAUUUCAAGAUUACGAAGUCCGAACCGGUGUUAGUUCAUGUGGAAAUAAAGUCUCCAUUUCCAGAAUACUAUUACUUGUCGAAUCUCGAUCAGAAUAUCACUUCAAUAAUGCAAACAGUGUUUUGUUUUAAGCCGGAUGGUGACAAGAAGAGCACAGAAGGAGUUGGACUUGUUAUAAGAGAAGCUUUGGCAAAAGUUCUGGUUUAUUUUUAUCCGCUUGCAGGGAACUUAACGCUCGGGAGUGAUGAGAAGCUUGUAGUGAAAUGCACGAACAGAGGUGUGCCGUUUGUCGAAGCUGUGGUGGACUACGAUAUCGAUGUCUUGGGGAAUGUGACGUGUCUGGAUUCUGCCAUGCUGAGCAAGCUUGUUCAUACAGAUUCUGCUGCAAGAGACAUGUUCGAAAUUCCCCUGAUGACUGCACAGGUAACAAGAUUCAAGUGCGGAGGAUUUGUGAUGGGAAUGACAAUGAACCAUUGCAUGGCCGAUGGAAUAUCAGCGAUGGAGUUCGUUAACUCAUGGAGCGAAAUAGCAAGAGGCUUAUCCCCGUCAAUCGUACCAGCUAUCGACAGAUCAGUCCUAAAAGCAAGACAACCUCCACGAAUUACUCGCGUGCACAAUGAGUUCUUGGAGAUAAAAGACAUAUCAAACAUUUCCGCGAAAUAUCAAGAAUCUGAGAUGGUUUACAAAGCAUUUAGCUUCGAUCAAGAGAAGCUAAUGAGGUUAAAGAAGUUGAUCAUGGAAGAUGGAACCAUCAAGAACUGCUCCACAUUUGUGGCCCUCACGGCCUUGUUGUGGCGUGCAAGAACUAAAGCUCUUAAGAUGAAACCUGACCAACAGCUCAAGCUUUUAUUUGCUGUUGAUGGAAGAUCAAGAUUGGUGAAUCCUCCCCUGCCAAAGGGCUAUUUUGGGAAUGGGAUCGUGCUAGCGUGUAGUGUGAGCAAUGCCGGAGAUUUGGUGAACAAGCCAUUGUCUUAUGCAGUGCAUCUUGUGCAAAAUGCUAUAAAGAUGGUGGAUGAUGAGUUCAUUAGGUCAGCAAUUGAUUACCUUGAAGUGAAGAAAGAAAAGCCAUCAUUAUCUGGCACUUUUCUGAUUACUACCUGGACUAGGCUUGCUUUCAACACCACAGACUUCGGGUGGGGAGAGCCGACUCAGUCAGGGUGUGUGACCUUACCGGAGAAAGAAGUAGCAUUGUUUCUCGCUGGUGGUGGAAACGGAACUACAGUGCUUACGGGAUUGCCAGUUAAUGCCAUGAAAUCAUUCCAAGAGCUCAUGCAAAUAUAAGUUAUAACGUACUUCCCCUAUAUUCUAAGAUUACACUCCAGGUGCCAUAAGCUUGAAGCUGUAAACAUAAAGCAAGUAUAAUUAUCUAGUUCCCAUUUAGCAUCACGCCACGUGAAAAUACAAUUAUACAAGAAAUUUACAUAGA